AUGCUGCUCCCCAUCCCCGCUCUGAACAGCAAAGACUCGACCGUGUAUGUACGACAGGAGAACCGGGCAGCGGCUAUGUCUCCCGAGGUUGGCGACCGCAAGAGCAGGCACCGGAAAGGUCGGGAGAUAGCUGCAGCGUUAUUCAUCGUGACACUCCUGGUCGUCUGCAACAGCACUUACCACGAGAACCGCCGGUAUCUGCCCGACCUCGCUUACUGGAAGAUCAACUGCAAGGCCCUGCAACUCGAGCAAGGCAACGCCCGCCUCCUCCUCCACGGCCACGUCUACCUCAAUGUCACCACGCUGAGGGAGGCCACGACGGAGGAUCACCGACUCCACCACGACAAGUACAGAGGGCGCCACGGGUUCAACUUCACCUACGAGAUCUGGAGGCGGACGGAGCAGUCGGUGGUCGAGGAUCUGCAAUACGGCAAUUUGCACGAUUGCAAUUAUAAUGGCAUUCCUAUUUUGCAUCAGAUGUCGCAGAAGUACAGAUUCGCCUGCCAGUGUCCGGAGGGCGUGUCGGGCCCGCACUGCCAGUGGGGGGGAGUGUGCACCGAGGAACACGCCGAGAGGUUGUGUGGCCACCAUGGGACGUGUAGGAACGUGGCCGGAGUCAGCGCCUGCGACUGCGACCGAGACCACUUCGGGGCCACGUGUCAGCUCCACUUCACCAACAUCCCGACGCAGAGCAGGACGUGCCAGCGGAGGAGGAACUGUCAGCAGAACUGUCACCUGCGAGUGGCGAGGAACCAGACCUACACCUACUGUUCCUGCGGCGUUGGGUACACGGCCGUCAACGAUACCCACUGCCGGGCUACAGAGGAAUGGGUCGUGUCAGCCGCUAUGAAGAUAGGCAGAGGCCGGCAUCUCUCUAAAGAAAAGAUCCGAAAUCAGACACUUGUAAUACUGAACAGAGGAGAUCCAGGAGGCAGAGCCGAAAAGGACAUAAUGAAAAUCACAAUAAAAGGCAAGAAGGUGGAGGUGGAAGUCGCUUUGACCGGGAAUAACGUCAUGGACAAGAUUAGCAAGUCGGAGUUAUGGAAUCGGACAUUUCACGCCAGGAACAUCAACGUCACUGCCAUUCCGCGGCUGUCGGUCGGGCCCGUGUCAGCCGAGUUCCCAGACAGACAGAAGCUGGUCCUGCGGUGUCCUGUGUACGGCGGGCCAGACCUCCACGUGACCUGGUAUAAGGACGGAAUUCUCAUCUACGCUCAUCAUGUGUCUUGGUGUUACUACGAAGACAGCACGGAUCUCCUGUACGUGAAAGCAGAGCCGGGCAGCGUCAAGUACAAGUGCACGCUCAUCCUCCAGAUCAGUCCCCUGGAACAGAUGGACCGUGGCAUGUACUCCUGUCAGGUGGUCGACCGGCACGACACGUUGACGCGGAUGGUGGUCGUGGGCGUGAACGAGUCUCUGCAGGCGGAACUCACGCCGUUCGUACACUCCGUCUUGCCGGGCAGCAGCACCACUUUAAACUGUAUAACGAAGAACCGCGACUGGGUUGACGGCGAUCACUACGGUGCUGAGUGGACGGUGCUUCCACAGGACGGCUUCUCUAGCUACCAACAGGACGUGGUAUUUCGAAGCGGAUUUAGACUCCAUAUCGCCAACAUUACGAAACCACUCAGUGUGACCUGCCAUAUCAGGGAGAAGGAAGGCGUCAUCUACAUGCCAGGGGAAGAGGCCCUGGACGAGGCGCUGGACACGGCCGAGAUCCACGUCUUGGAGCCAGGGCGUCCAGCGUGCCAGGCCGUCACGCAGGACAGAAUCAAGUGGAGUCCCAUUCCCGUCGGCGAGCGGGACGUACAGAGGUGUCCGUCGGGCCACGCGGGGAGAGCGGUCCGGCUGUGCGGCCCCUUCCCUACGCCUCCCCCUCUCCCCCCUGCUUGGGAGACGCCUGACUUCUCGGACUGUUUCUAUAAGCCGCUUAUUAAAAUCAGAACGCUCCUGACCCUGUACAAGCGCGGCUACAAGACCCUGAACGGGAGCGUCGAUGAGCAGGCGAGGGACUUCUCACGAAUCCUGCAGGAGCGAAGCACACCGAUCCUGUCGGGCGAAAGAGCUAGUCUCUGGCAGAUCUUGGAGAUGCUGCAGGAUGCCGGGAAGAGGAUGGGAUCUCUCAUCUCCCAGAAACUCUUCUUUGAAAUCGUGCAUGAAAUUAUCAAAGACUAUGAUAAUAUUACGUUGAUGGAUAUUGUCAGGAUGAAUGAACCAAUAAGGAUGUAUCUGAAAGCAGGUCUCAACGCCACCAAAGCGGAAGGUCAGGUCACUCGCCUUCCCCGCCUGCUUGCCAAGAGGGAGGUCGUAACAGGUCGGCUGAUGUUCGAAAUGGAGGGUUCAGAGCCAAGGAACGACACCUCUCAGGGCACCCCGACUGUGCAGGUGAGCCUUGAAGAGACCGACGCUUUGGAGGGGCACGCCAUGACGCAGUCGAGAAGACAAGUCCGAAUGCCAGAUGUGAGUCUGGCAGUGGGGGUUGUCACUUAUCUAAACCCUGGACUUGUUUUUGACUAUGAUUGGGAGGUACGUGAAGGCCCGGUGAAACAAGCCGGGUACCUCGUGGAGAUCGUGUGGGGUCUGAGUGCGGCCUUCGGCAGGAACUUAUCGUCAUCUGAAGUACAUUCACGUAGAGCACCUCCUCCCGACGGCAGCGACACGAUCAAGGGUCAUGGAUUUUCCUCUGUCCUGCGGCUCCACUACCCUGUCUGUCCUCGCGUGAAGAACUGGCAGCUGAAGUGCGGACAGCCCCAACACAACGACACAAACAUCAAGUGGGACUUCGGGAUGUGCUCGGUCGAAAGCGAAGGCCGCGGCUCGGAAAGUGGAUGUGUCUGCAAGUGUCGAGGCGAGGGCUUGUUUGGCCUCGUGCUCGUCAACGGAACGGACAGGAGAGAGACGGAGGAAACGCCAGACGCAUCGUGGCAGAAGAACUACGUGACGGGCAUCGGGAGCUGCGCCUCUUUUCUGAUUCUACUGCUGUGCCUCCUGCUGCAGCUGCAUAAGUUGUGUGACGCCUCCGUGCAGCUGUCCAAGUCGUGUGACGCCUCCGUGCAGCUGCGGGUGGUCAAGUGCACGGCGCUGAUGGGCGCGAAUGGGGUGUUCGCCGCCCUCGCCCUCUGGCCGGUCGACAAGAGCGAGUACCUGGUGGUCCUGGUGGCCGGCGCCGUCUGCUUCGUGCUGUGCCUGGCGGCGGGCGUGAACCAGCAGAUGCUCCUCCACCAGCGCCUCUCCCUCACGCCCCACGACCCAGGUCUUCCGCACACUUGCAUCAGUAACACUAUGAUCUUCUUCUUAACGAUGGUGGUUGGACUGCUGAUCUGGGUGGUACACAGCGUGACUCGAUACCAGCUUGGUACUCCCUGGCUCACCUUGGGUCCUGCAUGGCCCCUCACGGCACUGCUCAUGGGCAUUCUAGUGGCACUCACGUUCCUGUGGGCAAUCGUGGCAGUUCAUAAUGUGUACCAGCUCACGGUGCUGAGGGAAGAGGCUUCGCACUACGUCCUCAUACGUGACAGGUUAUGGCAUCAGGUGCUGCUUCUGGUGGGGGAGUGGGUGCUGGUGGUGACAAGCGCUGUGUACAGUCACCCAGUUGGAAGAUAUUUCUUCUGCUUCGCUACGGUUAUGCAGAGCUUCCUCAUGAUAAUCAUGUACACUUGCAAAGAUAAUGACGUGACUGCCCUGGGCAAGUGUAAGCGCAUGUGCUGUCCCUCUGUGGGCCCUUGCCGGAAGUCUUCUCAAAGUGAAAAUGGAUGCAGUAGCCAUAUGUCGUAUCACCUCACAACCACCAGCACGCCAAGUGAGAGGGAAGGCAACUUCAAGUAUUUCAAGGAUGAUAUACCCGCGAAUUCCUUCGAGAAAGAUGUCUUUAGCGCGAAGAAAAUCCUGUAUGCCAGUGACUCCAUUCUCCCUCCCGGACCAGGUCACCCUCGGUUGGAGAAACCGAGCAGAGUGCCUCUUUACAUGCGUCGCAACAGUCGUGAAGGACAUGGUCUGCCGAUGCCAAGAAACACCUUGCUUAUCCGGGGAGUAGACCUGCUCAGGGGGGAGGACACAGACCGGCAGGACAGCCGCUUGCGAGCUUCAUUUCCGGCCGAAGAGAGGAUGUCCGGUCGCAAGCGGAAUAUCCUGCUAGCCGGUCAGCACGCCGCUAAGCGAGAUCCGUCUUUGGAAAUGCUUCGAAUCCAAAGGGGCCCAGGAACCAGCCAGGAUCCUGAUGGGAGGUAUCUGAAUAUGUCGGUGCCACAGCACAAGAUCAACACUGAAGGAGUUCAUAAGGAUGCCUUGAAUAAACAUGGCUGUAAGAAUAUUAAAAAGGAAAUGCUUGGAUCAGCUGGCCACAACGUGAUUCACAAGCAAAAUGGCUUCCGACAGGCAGCCAUCGCACGGAAAAAUAUUUACCAAAAUAGCAACAGUCAGUCAUCAAAAGACGAGACUGGUAGUAAUAACCACCACUACCUUCCCAUGAAGGUAAAUUCUCACGUAAUCAUUGCGAAACAUCGAGCAUCAGAACAGCAAAUAGAACCCAAUAUUUCUCUAAGCAGACUCGGUGAUAUUAGAGGAAUCAGCUCCCACACGCACUCUCACGCUGAGUACAUGUUGGCAGAUCACUGAUCCUCGGCUGUCCCCACAAGGUCACUCCACCCUGAGUGCCCUGGAGGAAUGCAUGAGAGCGUUGUGCGUCUAAACAGAGAACUAUAAAGGAUGCUGUUAACUGAUGUUCGGAAUGCUUUAUUCCGAGGGCGUUAUUUGUCAUCUGAAGAUAAAGUAGCUAUUUAGUGUAAAUACAAUGUAUAAUUGUUAGUAUUUAUGGAUUUUUAUACAUGUACUGUUAGUGAAAGAGAAAAAUAUUCGAUUGUUAUUAAUGUAGAGAGUGUACAAAUUGUUUGUUUCGUUUGUAUAUAUUUAAUGUCACUGUAAAUAGGCUGAAAAUAUUGUGUUAAUACUCCAGCAUUAGCAUCGAUUCACGGAUGUGUAAAUACUGUCUUGUCCUUUAGGAUUGUUUAUCAAUGAAUGGUAUGGUAGUAUGAUACCUUACUGCCCUUAAGUAACGUUAUAGGCAAGGAUGUUCUUGUCUUGAUAUAUUGUGGACCUUUACAUUUGUUUUCUAUUAGUUCUGAUUGUUUCAACAUGUCCGUACAGAUCGUAAAUGAAGAAAAGUUUUGAAUAAUUUGAGAAAGUAUGAUUUGUUGCUUAUCUUGCCCUAGUGUUGAUACGACGGAAUUUCUCAAAGUACCUGUCCUUGGUUAGUAUGGAAACCAGACGUAGAAAGCAAGCCGUCACGCUGUCAAGGCUUUGUGUACAUUGACUAUUCCUGUCAAAUGUAGAACCAUAAGGAGAACAUGCCAGAACUACGUCCAGCAUUAACUCCACAAUAUUUGUUAAUCUUUCCAGGGUUUGGAUCAAAGUGUUAUUACGAAUUUUGUUUCAUAACGUAAGUUUAUUGUACUUUUUGCUCCUUCCUGAUGAUUCUAUUGUAUUCAGCCAAAAGGUGCCAUAAUGUUAAUAUUAGUUUCCCUCAAGACUUCACGAAUUGUUUGGUUGUGUUUUUCUCGAAUGUUAUUAAAUGUUGCUGCAUAUCGUAAA